AUGGUAGUCAAUUGGAAGAAGUCAUUUCCAAGGCCUUUGUUGUUCUCUUUGUUUUGGAGAGCAUGUAAUGCUAACUCAGCUUUCACUUUCAAGAAGGCUAUGGAUCAAUUAGGCAAAGUUAAUCCAGCUGGCAGGAUUUGGCUUUCUAAAUUAGGAGAUCAAAAGAGGUGGAGUAAACACAAGUUCAACACUGAACUGAAGUGUGAUGUCAAUGUCACCAAUUUUGUUGAAAGCUUCAAUGCCACACUAGGAUUGGAUAGGAGCAGACCAGUUAUGACAUUACUUGAAAGUGUUAGAAGGAACACUAUGGUUAGAAUGGCAAAAAGGAGGCAGGUUUCUGAGACAUGGAAGAGGCAAGACAUAUGCCCACACAUUAUAAAGAGGAUACAACAGCUUAUUCAUGAGAGUAGGACUUGCAUUGCAUACAUGAGUGCUGAAGGAGAGUAUGAGGUUCAAGAUAGCAAGUCUGUGCUCCCUGUAAACCUCAACAACCACACUUGCUUAUGCAAUGUGUGGCACCUGACUGAAAUUCCAUGCAGGCAUGGUAUAAGAGCCAUCAUUAAAGCAAGGUUGGACCCCCACUCAUUUGUCAAUGACUGGUAUUCAGUCACCAAGUACAAGGAAGCUUACAGCUGUGGGAUUAAAUCCAUACCAGAUGUUGAACAAUGGCCACCCAUAGACAUGCCUCACAUUAAUCCACCACCCAUGAAAAGGGGCAUAGGGAGGCCUACUAAAGAGAGGAAGAGAGCAGAUGAUGAAGAAAGGAAGGGCAAAAGGGCUAAGACAGUUAGGUGCAGCAACUGUAAAGCUUUUGGCCACAAUGCAGCUACUUGCAAAGGAGGUAUGACAGCUAAGCAAAAGGCAAGCUAUGGUAAAAAGGGUAAGAAGAAGCAGCAAGCACCACCAUCCUCUCAACCAGCAUUACGGACAAGAUCAAGAUCAAGAUCUGCUGCAGCUGUUGCUACAUCACAGCCUUAA